AUGUCUUUAGCAGCCGGAACCACUGCUCAUAGAACAUGCGCAAAAAAUGCUGAUGCUCAUCCUGCUGCCAACAACAAAUGUCUCAAAGAAGACCUCAAAACAAAGGAACUAGCUGCCCUGCAAGGUAUCAAGCGCCUCGCAAAUAUACAGGCCGAAAUGGAGCAGGCACAAGCUUCCAAGGCAGUCAGAAAGCCAAAGCCAGUUACACCACGUCUGGUUGCAGCCAAGAAGGUGACGUCUUCAUCACAGCCUCAGCCGGCAGCCGCUGUGCAGGGUGGAGGACAUGGGGAUCAGAGAGAAGGUCAGAAAAAGCAGGGCCAAUCGAUGGAGGAUAUUGGGGAGGAUGACAUGAAUGUUGAAGCAUUUGAGGGUGUUUCAAAACUGAAGCCUGGAAAGAAGUCACUCAGAGAUGCGGUUAAUGCACACUUGAAAUCAAUGAAUUUGAAGGCUGCUGAGCUUGCACAUGUUGAUCUCACAGACAGGAAAGAAAACUCUUUACCAAUGUAUGUUGUCUUCUUAACUCCCAUGUUACUACUCUCUGAGUCGACACUUUUCUUCCUUAAUUUGACGGUGGAAUUCAGGUUCACUGUCAAAUCUUCAUAUUCUGACCGUAUCAAGGCCUGGGCUUUAGAUGUAGUACCAAGUCUUUCAAGUUGUUCAUCCGAAAAUGGCAGCUCCCAGUGGUUGAUUUCUGUUUCAAAAGCCUCUGUCCCUCCAUCCACUAUAUUCUCCCACUCUGCGACAAUGGCUACUUCAAACGUGACUAGCGUAAGCUCCAAAGCCAUUCCAGCAAAAGGUUCCGAUGUGUCUGCCAUUCCUAUCAGUGAUCUGGUUGGAGGAUUUGGCGAUGAAGAUAUUGAUGACUCAUACGAACGCCAGGCUGCAUCUGAAGUGAUGAAGACAGGAAGACAACCGGUUGAGCCUAUCCUCCAGUUUGACAAUGUUACUGACUCGGAGUCCGAAGACAUCGAACCUGGCAGCAAGUUACAUCCUGAGCCAAAAUUCAGUGACCAUCCUGCACCGUCAUCUCAACUUUGUAUGUUACAGGCUGCUCGUCACUUGGCUGCAGAAAAGUCAAAUGGCAUUCCCCCACUGGCUACUCAGCCUCGCCAACCUCAUGCUACCUAA